AUGAAGUGGGAAAAGUUAAAGAAGCUUUCAGAGCUGCCAUCGAAGCCGUCGUCGAGCUCUGUCAUCUCCGCAAGGAUCGUCGUCGCCACCGAAGAAGCGAUCGAGACAAGGACUCGCCCAAGCUACGGAAGAAGAGCCGGUCCAGCUCAAAACGACGCCCUAAGCGCCAGCACUUUUCCGAUUCCUCUGAUUCGUCUUACUCCGAUUCCUCCAAUGAGAGCUCGGAGAGUGAAUGAGAGGUCACGAAGGCACAAGAAGCAUGACAAGCCAAAGAAGGCAAAGGAAAAGGAGCGAAGCAGUAAGAGUCAUCGUCAUAAACGUCAUAAGAACAGAGACAAAAAGAAUGGGGAAGGAGAAGGAAGCAGCGGGCCUGUUAAGCUAUCCAAGUUUUUGGGACGGGACAAGGACGAUGGUGAACAUAGAAGUGCUGUCUCUGGGAAAAAGAUUAUGCUGAAGGUUGAUAAGUCCAAAGUGGACAAAGCUGCAGAGAGCAAGAGAAAUGAAUUGUUUAAGUUCUUGAAUGCAAGCUUCGACUAGUUUUAUUCCAAACACCAAAAAUGUAUCAGACCCUCUUUGACAAAGAAUCUUUGUUCAGGAUGUUGGUCUGAUGAUUAUUACAGCAGGUUUUGAGACAUUUUAGUGAUCAGUACCAGUUUAUACUUUUCAUUUUCUGUGAGA